AUGACUGAGUUAUUGAUCAAAACCCAGCUUACAGCGCCGCGUGCCGCCGCUGCUCCCAGGUACUCGUUCCAGGACGAGGAGGACAUGUUCAUGGUGGUGGACCUCCUCCUGGGGGGGGAUCUGCGCUACCACCUGCAGCAGAACGUCCAGUUCGGCGAGGACGCCAUCAAACUCUACCUCUGCGAGAUGACGCUGGCGCUGGACUACCUGCAGAGCCAGCACAUCAUCCACAGAGAUGUCAAGCCAGACAACAUCCUACUGGAUGAACAAGGUCACGCUCACCUAACCGACUUCAACAUAGCAACGAUAAUAAAGGACGGAGAGAGAGCCACAGCACUGGCCGGAACCAAGCCCUACAUGGCCCCGGAGAUCUUCCAGUCCUUUGUAAGUGGAGGUACCGGCUACGCCUUUGAAGUGGACUGGUGGUCAUUAGGGGUGACAGCCUUCGAAGUGCUGCGUGGAUGGAGGCCCUAUGACAUCCACGCCAGCAACUCUGUGGAAUCCCUGAUCCAGCUGUUCAGUACAGUCAGUGUCCAGUACAGCCCGGCCUGGCCCAAGGAUCUGGUGUCCCUUUUGAGGAAGCUGCUGACGGUGAACCCGGAGCACCGCUUCUCCAGCCUGGCCGACAUGCAGACGGCCCCGUACCUCGCCGACAUAAACUGGGACGCCGUGUACGAGAAGAAGAUGGAGGCCGGAUUCGUUCCCAAUAAAGGUCGCCUCCACUGCGAUCCCACCUUUGAACUGGAGGAGAUGAUCCUGGAGUCGCGUCCCCUCCACAAGAAGAAAAAACGGCUGGCCAAGAACCGCUCUCGAGACAACAGCAAGGAUUCGCAGUCCCUCAGCAGACGAAAUGAGGAGGCGGUGCGCUUCAAUGGCGAGCAUCAAGUAACUUAUUUCUCGGGCUCCCUGCGUCCUGAGCUGCGUUGUGUUGAGAACGACUACCUACAGGAGUGCCUUGAAGUCGUGCAGCAGGAGUUCAUGAUCUUCAAUCGUGAGAAGCGUCAGGAGGAGGGUCCGGCCGAGGCCGGCGCCGACGACGGCGCCAGUGGCGACGGGGACGGGGAGGCCGAAGGCGGGGCCACCGACGAGGACGCGCCGGAGCCCGACCCCGACCCCGAACCUGAGCCGGACCCAGACCCAGAGCCGGAGCCCGAGUCCUCCUCCAAACUGAGCAUGUGCGGCUCUGUGUGCUCCUCCCCCGGCAGCUGCUAG